AAGCUAACCUGACAACCAAAGAUCCCAUUCCCCUGACGGAAAAAAAAAAGCCCUUUUCCUUUCUGGAAUGGAAGGCAUGACUGAUGGCAAAAUUGACAUUUCCUCUUGGGUGAAAUCCUCCAGCCAAGCUGGGCGCUAACCGAGUAGGCGAUUUCACUUUCGUCACUUCACAAAGACUUCCAAAUUCACUGCGGCAGACACUGCAAAAUAAAAAUGUUAAGUACAUCCUAGCUGAGGAGAGACGGAAGCCUCCGCACUCAAUCAAAGGUUUGCAAUAAUAGGAUUCAUUUAGAAAAAAAAAAAAAAAAAAAAAAAAAAAAAAGAAAAAAAAAAAAAAGGACAGAUGGGCUUAGGAAAUGUUGCAGUAGAGGCUGGCAUGAGAGGAGCUCACAGGCAGCCUGCCUUUUGUGGACCUGCACAAUGAUUCCGGAGCCAGACCGGCUUAGGAAAGCUUGGGACUAGGGCUCCAGAGAGAGGCCACCAGCUCCUGGACACCCAAGGGGACAAGCGACUGCGGCCAUGCAUCAGAUCUACAGCUGCAGUGAUGAGAAUAUAGAAGUUUUCACCACGGUGAUUCCUUCUAAGGUGUCCAGUCCAGCCAGGAGAAGAGUCAAAAGCUCUCAACACCUGACCAAGAAUGUGGUGAUCGAGUCGGACCUGUACCCGCCCAGGCCCCUGGAGCUGCUGCCGCACCGCAGUGAGCGCAGGGACGCGGGUGACAGCCGUAGGUUUGGCCGGCUACAGACCGUCCGGCCUCCAGGCGCGCAUCCAGCCAAAACCCCCGCCAGAUCUGUGGGGAUUUCUGAACCCAGAGCAUCCAGUCUGUGUGGGAAUCGAGCAUAUGGAAAGUCAUUGAUUCCCCCAGUGGCCCGAAUCUCAGUGAAAGCUCCAGCUGUGGUGGAGGCAGCAGCCACAGGCUCAGAAAACAGAGUUGUUCUGGGGAGAGGAUCCAGACACCUCAAGAAGAUAGCUGAAGACUAUCCAACCCUUCCCCAGGGAGCGGAGGCCUCCCUGCCCUUAACAGGUAGUGCCUCCUGUGGUGUCCCUGGCAUUCUCCGGAAAAUGUGGACCAGGCACAAGAAGAAGUCUGAAUACGUGGGAGCCACCAAUAGUGCCUUUGAGGCCGACUAAAGGUGACCCUUUGGGUAUCUCAAAUUGACCAAGGCUCACAGGAGGACAGAAAAUUUGAGAACUGGAACUGAGUCACUCCCCCCUCUGCUGAUAGCUGAUCCAAAUACGUCAUCCUCCCUCACUAGCCAACUCUCUGGCAUAGGGCAAGGAAAGGAACAUCCUAGAAGGCAGGAAAUCUGCUACUUCCCAGAACUACUAAAGCAAUUGGUCUUCAGUUCACAGUGGGAACUUAUAAAGGUCAAGUCCUAACCUUUAGGCAAAACUAGAUCAAAAGCAGACUUUCCUAGGACAUGUGAAAGCCCUCCAAGGAAAGAAGGCAGCUCCUCUGUCUUGUGAAUUUUUCCAAAAUGUAAGAUGGUUGAGGCACUUGUAAACCUAAUGAUUCUUACUUUUGUUAUUUCAUGUUUAUUUCGCCUUCAUGAGGUGAGAAGUCAUUAUAUACUUACUUAGUUCUACUAUCUACUUAACAGUAUCCUCACAGUCUGCUUUGAUAACCAUUUGGCAUGACUGCAUGAGUUCUUUUUUUUUUUAAUAUACAGCUUUUCUAUAGAAAAGCAUUUAAAAUUAAACUAAUUUUAGUGUCUUAUGUUUUAUAAAGUGGCACAAUUAACUUGCUUUGGUACCAUGACUUCAGCUUCUGAAAGUGUUUUCCCAUUUAUUAUUUCUUCUUGUCAUCACAAAAUUCCCAUUGAAAAAAGCAUGAUUCUUCCCAGCUUAUAGAAGGGAAAAUUGGGGCCUCUGGAUCUUUUGUGAGUAGGCAGCUGGUAGUGGGACUCAUCACCAGCUCUCAGCUUCUCUCUAGCAGACACUCUCUGUGCUUACUCUAAUAACUGAUUUAAGAAAGUUGUUAAAUGGCGGGGAAAACUUUGAAGGGCAGAAUCUGAUAAAGUUGAAACAAACAAGUGAUUUGAAUGAAACACAGCAUUAUGCAUUAAAUUGGUAAACUGAAUGUGGGAGCAGAGGUCUGUUGAAACUAAGCAACUAAGAGGUUGAGGCAGGAGGAUCACUUGUUUGAGACCAGCCUGGACAGCUUAUUAAGACCCUAUCCCCAAAACAAAACACAAAAAAUUAUGCAUUAGAUUAAUCUGAAAGAAACUGUACUUUUUGUAAGUCAAAAACAGCUGAAUAUCUAUCUAAUAUUCUAUGCUUCAACCUAAUAUAUACCAUGUUAUUUCCUUCUUUCAAUGGAAACAUCAUUAUCAGUGUCAACGUCAGUGUCAACAUCAGUAGCCUUAAAAUGAUCAUAAAAUAAAUAAUGAUAAUGAUAGCUACCAUUUAUAAAAUACCUACUGUGUGCGAGGUACAAUGCUGAGCACUUCAUAUAAAUUAUUCUAUUCUAGCAACCGAGUUAUAUAGACUUUUCUGGCGCAUAUGUUGAUACCAAUUCAAAGAGGUUUAAUGAUUAGUUUGCAGGCAUCUAACAUCUAGGUGUCAGACUUCAGUGCCUAUGUUUUAUCUACUCCUUCACACACACUCAAAAUAGGGAAGGUCUAAAGUUAGUAAGGAAGUUUCCAUCUCAAUCACUAAAGCUCAUGGAUUAGGAGAGGCUGUCUGGAGCACUGUAUGGCGAUGAGGCAUAAGAGUGCAGAAAUCCAGCUGGGCAUGGUAGUGCACACCUUUAAUCCCAGCACUCAGGAGGCAGAGGCAGGUGGAUCUCUGUGACUUCAAAGCCAGCCUGGUCUACAUAGUGAGUUCCAGGCCAGCGGGGGCUACAGGGAGACUCUGUCUCAAAAAGACAAAAAAUAAAUAAAAAAGAGUGCAGAAAUUGAUGAGUAAUGUCUGCCUGUGGAGUGGUUGAUAACAUGGGCCUUGUAUAUUCCUCAUUUGUGGCUUAAACUCUGUCCCAGAUGUCUCAUUUCCUAAUUAAGAGGUUUUAAUUAAUCCUGUCUUCUUAAUGAAAGCUCUGUGGUAAAAUUUAGCCUAAGACUGUAUUGGAAAUCAUGUAUGUCUUGGCACAAAGAUGGUUUGAGCAGUCUAGGUCUCAGGUUCAACUGCUACUGUGGUCUGCUGCUCUGUGGCCAAUGUUCACAUGAAUCUCUAGGUGAACUGUAAGAAGGCAAAGGAAGGCCAAGACAUGGGUUCCAGGCUUUUACCUUGCUGAUUCCUGUGCUUCAACUGCUGGCUUACACUCUGAGCACCUGGCUCUCAAAUCCAAACAUAGUCUGGAAACUUGGACAUCAAGCACUUUGUCAACAAGGGUCUAGUCCCACUGAACCAUCCAAUGUUGUACACAAUAUUGAGGCUGGACUCCAGAACAAAGUUACAAAGCAAACAGGUAAUUGAUGCUAACCUUCAUAGAAUCUCCAACUAUUGAACUUUUAAAAUUUGCAAUUCAUGUCUUAAGUUGGUAUGUAGCACCUGGAGAUUUAUAUAAGUUGGAAUUCAUUUAUUUAUCUUUAAACAUUUCAUGGUAGAGUGUUUGCCUUGCAUAAAACAUUUCAUUUGGCCAAAUCAAAUAAAAAUAAAGUAUGCUUAUUUGUGACAUUAAUA